CAAGUAACGGCGGCGGCAACGGCGGCGGUAGCAGCAGCAGCAGCAUAAGCAGCACCAUCACCACCACCAGCAACAUCGUUAGCAGCACCAUCAGAAGAAGCACGCACGCACGAACGCACGGACGCAUGAUGCCGUGUCAGUGUAGAUCUUCGUCGUGUUACCGUAGUUGUAUCGUGUUCGUUCGUAAUUAUACGUGACUCUUUAUCCUUCUAAUAAUUACCAUUGUCCGUUGAAACGUGAACCAUCACGAAAUAUAUAAUGCGGUAUAGUAGGACAUUACGGUGGUUAAUCUCGUGGGAAAGAGGAACUUUUGUGAAGAAGGAAGAAGAAGCUAUUACCAGUGAUAGUAAACUAUUCGUCUUCGCGUCCUACCGUUGAAAGAGAGAACGAGAUAUAUAGAUAAAGAGAGAGAGAGAGAGAAAAAAGAAAAAAAAGAUGGGUUGUGUGGUGCGUGAUUCCGUUGGAGCGUUGACACGUUCUGAGUGAAAAGAAGAUAGACAGAUAGAAGAAGUAACGAAAGAGAGAGAGAAAGAGAAAAAACGAGGAGAAAAUUGAAGGAAAGUUCUAGCGAAGCGUAUGUUGCGUUGUAGUAGUUGGUACGUUCGUACAAUUGAAUCAAAAGAAAGAGUGAGAAAGGAAGAGGAAGAAAGAAAAAGGGGAAAGAAAUAGAUAGAUAGAGAAAGAGAUAGAGAGAGAGAGAGAGAGAAUAGGAUAGAUAGAUCGAAGUAAAAAAAAAGAGAGAGAGAGAGAGAGAAAAGAUAGAAAAGGAAGAAGGAAGGAAACAACAUAAAAGCGCGCUGAAACGCGGAGUCUCUCCUUAUACUUUGGGUGCCGUGAACGAGAGCGCGAAUCGAGGCGCUUCCCCUCCUCCGUGGAGGGGAGGGGAGGGGGAGGAGGGACGUUGUAACCCGUGCCGAAAGAGAGAGAGAUAGACAGACAGAUAGAUAGAGAGAAAGAGAGGAAGAGAAGGAAGAGAGAGAGAGAGAGAGAGAGAGAGAAAGAGAGAGAACAGACAGACAGACACGCAGAACGCGACGUCAAGAUGUCGUCGUCGGGGCAUAGCAGCCGCGGUCGUGCCGUCCACAUCGGCUCGAUAUUUCAAAAGUUGCAGGGUCGUUUCGCCGACGCUAUGACGCCGCCAAAACUUUCAACGGAUAAGCGUAUGUUAGAUAAGACAUGGAAAUUAAUGGACAAGGUCGUUAAACUUUGUCAACAUCAGCGUAUGAAUUUAAAAAAUUCACCGCCUUUUAUAUUGGACAUAUUACCGGAUACGUAUCAACGUUUAAGGUUGAUUUACAGUAAAUACGAGGAUAGAAUGCAGGUUUUACACGGUAACGAGCAUUUCUGUGUAUUUAUCAACAAUCUAAUGCGUAAGUGCAAACAGGCGAUAAAACUUUUCAAAGAGGGAAAAGAAAAGAUGUUCGAUGAGACGUCACAUUAUAGAAGAAAUCUGACCAAAUUGAGUCUCGUAUUUAGUCACAUGUUGUCAGAAUUGAAGGCGAUAUUCCCGAACGGCGUAUUUGCCGGUGAUCAAUUUCGUAUAACCAAAUCGGACGCCGCCGAAUUUUGGAGGGAUCGCUUCGGUAACAGUACUUUGGUACCAUGGAAGGUAUUUAGACACGAAUUAAAUCAAGUACAUCCGAUAAGUUCUGGAUUACAAGCAAUGGCAUUGAAAUCGACGAUAGACCUUACGUGCAACGACUACAUUUCCAAUUUUGAAUUCGACGUAUUUACAAGAUUAUUUCAACCAUGGUCGACGCUCCUACGCAAUUGGAAAAUCUUGGCUGUGGCACAUCCCGGUUACGUUGCCUUUCUCACGUACGAUGAAGUAAAGGCACGUUUACAAAAAUAUUGUAUCACCAAACCUGGAAGUUACGUAUUUCGAUUAAGUUGCACGAGAUUAGGUCAAUGGGCGAUCGGAUAUGUUACAUCAGACGGAGAUAUACUUCAGACUAUACCACACAACAAGAGUCUUUGUCAAGCACUUUUAGAUGGUUAUAGGGAAGGCUUUUAUUUAUAUCCUGAUGGACGUAACAUAAAUCCGGAUUUAACAUGGGCUGUACAACCAACACCAGAAGAACACAUAAAAGUUACUGCGGAACAAUAUGAACUUUAUUGUGAAAUGGGUAGCACAUUCCAAUUGUGUAAGAUUUGUGCGGAGCAUGAUAAGGAUGUUAGGAUAGAACCUUGUGGACAUCUACUUUGUACUCCGUGUCUUACAGCUUGGCAGGUAGAUUCGGAAGGGCAAGGUUGCCCAUUCUGUCGAGCAGAGAUCAAGGGUACUGAACAAAUCGUAGUGGAUCCAUUCGAUCCUCGAAGAACACAUCGACCUGGAGUACAUUCAGCGUCAGCUAACAACGCAUCAACCCCCACGCGGGAUCUCGACCCCGACACCGAGGAUAUAAUGGAGCUAAGGAACGGACUGAUUUGCGACGAUACAGAUGACGAAGAAGAUAUCAGUCCUACGAAUUCACCGAUACCACCUCGAAGAAUCGUUCCAAGUCCGCCAUUACCUCCAAGACGACCAUCGCCAUCACCAACGCCAAAUAAUCAUCUUCGAAAUGGUCGGCAUUUGGUCGUUCCAAAAGAAAAUGCACCUCCCCCACCGUCUUCUAACGUCACUGUCAUUCUAAGUUCUACUACUGAUUGUCAACACAAUAAAGUUAAUAACGAGGCGAAGUACGACAUGCUGCACAGAGCAUCAUCGCCAUCACCGAUACCACCUGUACCACCUGUACCUGCACCACCCACAGUAGUCAGAGGUAGUGGUCACAUACGACAAAAUCAUGGUAAUCAUGCAUCCAUCACAGUUCAGACUCCACCGAUAUUACCAGAGAAAACAAAUCGUAUCAUUUCAAAUAAUUGUACUGCAACAACAACAAUAACAACAACAACAAUAAUGACGGCGACUACAACGAUGCCUACGGCAAUGACAACAACAACAACUACUGCAAUGACAACAACAGCAGCAACGACAACAGCAACAACAACAACAUCAACAUCGGUGGUUACAACUACAACGUUAACCGCUACAAACAAUGUACCACCAGUACCACCUCCCUUGUCCGCACCAAGACCACCAAAAGGUAGCAGUAAAGAAAAUUCUAAACAAGAUCAUCAAUAUGAAAAUACGAUUGUCAUUCCUGGUACGAGGCAACACGUUGUAAAGAAUAUCAAUCUCGAAGUAAACCGAGCACGUUUAACUGCUCUCAUGAAGGCCAGGGAUGAUAUUAAUGGUCCAACAAGCAAACCAGAGGCCGCUGCUUAUGAAAACGUCAAUGUUGAACAUAUCGCUAGGCUCACCUCACUUGGUUUCGCUCAGGACGCUGUGAUUAGGGCUUUGGGUAUCACAAGGAAUGACUUUGAAAUGGCGUGCGACAUUUUGCACGAAUUCGCGACGAAAUCCUCUUGACCCGGCUCGACCACUGCUGGAUCAUGACCGGUUUUACCCACAAGACAUUACUUUUGACGUGGAACACGUUCAUUAAUCUACGGAUCCUGUCUGUGUUAGCUCUUUACAUGUGUCUACUACCAACAACAAUCACCGAUUCAUAGUUUUUCUUCUCUUUUGGAAAAAGAAAAAAAAAA